GCCUCUGGGGCUGUCUGCGGGUGAGAGGGGAUUUGUCAGCCCACAGGGGCUGCCGCGGGGGUGACUCUGACACUGGGGCCCCUGAAAGUGUCGUCCCGCUGCUGAGUCAACCACCCUGGGCCCGCACUUCCAGACCCGCAGCUCUCGGGGGUCCCGGAGUCCUGGCUGUGCUCUGGGAUCCCUGGCCAUCGGCUUCUCAGGUCAUGCGCUUCCCUGUUCCCCAGUCCCAGGAACACGAAUGAAAGCUAGAACGAGGGUCGCCGGGUGGGAACCGCGGAGUUGGCGUCUGCAAGCGACGGACUCGUGAUCAAGUGUGCAAAGCUUCAGCGAGCCCUGGCCGAGGGCGGGCAGGCAGCAGGCGGCCGAAAGCAGGCCGGGCGUGGCUGUCACCCGCCCCUCCCACCCGGGCAGGAUGCUAGUUUUUUCCUUAGGCCACUUCCGCCAGGGCAGCCGUCCCUGGGAGCCGCAGCCCCUGGCGGCUGUGCUGGGAAGAAGGCGUGAGCACGCUCGCUCGGCCGCACCCAGGCCCACAGUCCACGGCAGGAGUCUGGCUCCGCCUCAGCCCUGUGCCCCCCGGGCAGCCUGCACCGUGGGGGCUGCUGGGGGAGAAGACGCGGCUGAGGAGGACCGGAGGCCCAGUGACAGCGCAGUGCCGCUCAGCAAGCCAGGCCACUAACCCUUGCCCUGCCCCGCUGUGUUUUCCACACAAUGUUUUGUUCCGGAAAUGUAACAGUUUUCGCAGUCAGCGGAGCCCCUGCCCAAUGUAUCAGAAUGUUCCGCAGCUGUGGGACCUGGGAGACCUGCAAAGCGUUCUUUUAGCUCCGCCCCUCUCGGGAAUGUUCUCUAACUGCACCCCUGCCACAGCAAGCACGCUGCCCACCCCUUGGCCCUGUAUGAGGGGCUUCCUGUUCUAGUCAAGCCCUCAGACUUGGGAGUACAAAGUCCGCUGAGCCUGCCUGCGUAAUUAAAAGUUUUUCUCCACCGCUGCAAGUGACUUGGAGCCUCGAGUCUUCAGAUUUCGAGAGCAGCAGUGGUGCCGAGGACCCCUGCCAGCCCUGCCGUGCCCUGCCCAGGCGUUUCCCUCCUGGCCCUCUGUCCCAGCCCUCCGGCAGGAGCGACCUGAAGUCGGACAAGGAAGGCUCCACGCACCUCAUUCCACUGGGUACCCUCAGCCACCGGCUGCAAGGAAACGUCACCUCACUGGCCCCUGAGCCCAAGGCUGGAGCUGUCAGUCUGUCUCUCCCACCCCCAGGCUGGCCACAGAGAAGGAAACCAGCACCUCCCUCGGCUCAGCAGGUCUCCCUGUGCAGGUGUCUUCGUGAGGCACUUUGGUGGUCACGCCCAGACCUGGAAAUCGAUCCAGCAGUGUACAUGCGCGUGUCUGCUGCCGCUUUGGCUGCCACUGUUCACGGCGCUGUGCAGACAGGAGUUAGGGCAGCACAAAUGUCUGGAGCAGCAUGGGCUGCAGAUGGAGUGAUGAAGGCUGGCCGGGGUUCAGGGGAGCCCCCUGGGUCAUGAGCCUCUCAUGUCCUACUUUCUGCUUUUCCCCACAGCAGGAGAGCAGUUUCGGCAACGUGGCGAAUCCAGGUACGCCAUGGCCUCUCUGGGGAAAUGACUGGUCUCGGACCACAGGAGCCACUGGCUUGAGUGCUUGUUCCGCUUCGGCUGAGAGCCAGACGGGGGAUGUCCUGCGGCCGUGUAGUCCAUGUGCAUGAAGUCGCCGCCCAGCAGACCCAGAAGGGACACAGUCUCACCUCACUGCGGGGCACUGAGCCAGUCCUUGGAGGUGAGGACCCCGCCACUCCUGGCUGCCUGCAGAGGCCCAGGUUGCUGAGCAGAAAGUGCUGCGCCUGUUUAGCCGCUCCCGCCCGGGCCUGGAGAGGGUCCAGAUCUGCAGCAUGGAGGUCCAUCCGAUAUGAGCCAAGCAUGGGCAGGAUGUGUGGUGCACUUGGAAGCAGCGCUUCGACGUUGAACAGCACAAUCACCCAGGUUCUGUGUCUGUGGGUUUGUAGGAUGCCCAGUGUGGCCUGGCCAUGUCUCCUGCCGGGCGUGUGUCCUCUGGGCCCCUGAUGUCUGCCCAGGGCACUCUGACCUGUCCUCAUGACGAACGCUGAAGUGUGGGGUGCAGUUAGCUGUUAGUCCUGACAACCCUAGGACCACUGGGCCACCAUCACCACCCAAGAAGCAGCCACCCUGUCUGUGUGCAGCUGAGCUGGUGGCCCUUGUGGGAGAGGUUUCACACUAGGAGGGGCUGGGGUCGAAACGUUUUUUGGAGGCAGGCAAGCAACAGCGUUACAAGCACCACUGACCCCGGAUCCUUGGAUGUGCAGGAGGUGGGUGGCGGGAGUGGCCCCAGCUGCCGAGACGGUGCAGGAUUCCCCCGGGCCGCCCCGCAGUAGGGAAGCGGCCCUGCCUCUCCUUCCCCUUGCAACAUCAGGCGAUCCCCGCAUGGCUGCGGAGGGCAGCGGACUUCCCCCGGGGCCUGUGGGACUCCAGGGCUUUCCGCCACCUGAGUCACCCCAGGCUCCCGCGUCACACUGCGGCUCAGGGUCGGACUCCACGGGCCCCGUGCCCUGGGCUUGGGCUGGGGACAGGGGAGCCCCUGGCCUGCUCAGCAAGCCUCCUCCCCUGGGGACCACGACACACUUGGGCGGGCUGGGGACGGGCUGGGCUCCCUUGUGCCAAGCGGUGCAGCCAGCGGAGAAGGCAGUGCCCCUCUCCCAUGUGCAGGCUCCACUUCAGGAGCAGGCAGCACUUGUGCUGGACAUGCGGACUGCGCAAAGGCCUUUCCUACGGCGAGCGAGAGGAGACGCCCCUGACCUCACAUUCUGCCGGGCCUCAGCUCCCAAGGCCACGAGGACAAAGUCACAGCCUGCGACCUGCACCUGCCCCUCAGGACCAACCUCGCCUUCCCUCAAGGGGGCAGUGAUCAGAGCACUUCUUCCCCCAAGGCCAGCAUGUGGGCCUGGUACGCUCCUGUUCGGCGCUUUGCAGAAAGCCACAUGGGCACAAAGGAACAGGAAAGGGGCUGGCGAUGGGGCAUCGCUCCUGACAGGGAAUUGAUGAGCUCAGUGCUGGACACACAGCGUACCUGCAGCUGUAUGGCCACCCUGGGGUCCACAUGACCCCGCCUGGACCAGCACAGAACCAUGGGAUUCGUGGAAGAGGAAGCCUUAUGUAACACUUCGAAACUAAGUAACAUCUGCGGGUGGUGGUGCACAUCUGUGAUUCCAGCACUCAGGAGGCUGAGGCAGGAGGGUCGCUGUGAGUUCAAGGCCAUUUUGAGCUAUACAGGGAGACCUCAUCUCCAAAAACCAAAAACCAAACCAAAACAGAAACGAGGUAGCAAAGUGUCGCAGGAAGAUGCCUUGAAAUCAGAGCCCUGGUGGUUCCUGACCGACUCCAAGCCCACCCAUUCAGUGCGUCCAGUCCUGAGGGCACAGUGUCAUCAUCCCUGCUUACAGACAGGGCGGGGCCGCUGGGGAGGCUGGACCCUCGGGCACCUGAGCCCCUCCUCUCCCUGACUGCCCCGGGCCAGGCACCGCUUUAGGGUGGGCACUCUGGAUGCCAGACGACUUGUCUCGGGAAGCUGAGGGAGGAAGGAGCAAGCUCUGGCCCGGGAUGCAACCUGUGGCCUCCACCACGCAGCUCCUGCCUCAAAGAUCAGCCAUGGGGACACAGGCCUGAGAUCAGGGGCUGGGCGCUCAGAUCUGGCGCUUGCUGCCCCAGACCCCUGCAUCCAUGGGAGCCUGGCCUUGAGAGAGACAGUCACCCAGGCUGAGAGGAAGCAGGCACCUGAGGCCUUGAGACUCUGUUCUGCUGAGGCCAAUGUGCCGGAAAAGCUACCAUUUUCCCUGUGUUCGGUGCAGAAGUGAAGGCGUUUGAGUCCUUGUUUCUGCAUAGAGACUGAAAGCUGCCUGUUAAGCCACCACCAGGGCUGCUGGGCUCAGUGGCCCCAGCCACACUUGGGGCAGGCCCCCAGGGGGACUGCAGGUGCCUGCAGGGUGGGGACACGGGGCAGCUGCACCGGCUCUCCAGCUGCCCGAGGCAGGAGACACCUGGCCCUUUCGGUUUCUGACAGGAAGCUGCCUCUGCAGGCCCCAGGAUGGACCCACUGUGCUGUUGCUUGGGUGCAGCCCCAGCUGGAUGUCCCCUGCCUCAGGAUCUGGGGAUGGAGAAGCCCCAGGGCGAGGGCAGCGGGCGGGGCAGGAUCUACUGGUGUUUUCUCCACCUGCUGCCAGUUUGGGACCCUGUGGCCCUAGCCCUCGGUCUGGCGGCGUUGGGGAGCUCUGCUGCACUCUCUGUCUGUCUGUCUGUCUGUCUGACCAGGACUGGAGGUGGGCCAGCAAGGCAGCCAAGUGGCAGAGGCCCCGGGACUCUCAGAGCCCCAAGCCUGGGGUCGACCCCUCCGUGUCUGCAUCGCAGAGGCGUUGGAUGGGGACGGCAGUGCCAUGCAGGAGGCCGCCCCAGACCCUGGUGACCUGUGAGCACAGUGCCCUGCAGCCCUGUGGGCUCCAGGGUCUGGGCCCCGACCCUGCCCCGGCGAGUGCGUGGACACUCAGCGUCCUCACCCCCAAGGAAGGACCCAGAGGGCAGAGCUCAGAGCUCUGCCCUGGGGUGCAGUGGCGCCAGCCCAGGGCCCCGUGGUGUGGGCACCACAUUUGGCUGGUGGUGUGCAGGGCGCGGGCCGAGGCUGGGGGCCCGGCACCCCGCCUGCUCUGCCGCCACGGGGCUGGGGCUUUCCACACACUCAGAAUGCGCAGCUGGGAGCAAGGAGGAAGCGCCAAGCCCACAGGCAGGGCAGAUUCCCAGUUCCUCCUUGCGGCCCCUCGGCAGCCGAGCCAGGGCCAGGCCACUGUCCCUUGCCCACCCCAUGGCCUUGCUGGGGCUCUCGGCCACCCCACACAGUUGGGACGGGAUGGGGACGGGCGCGCUGACAUAGCCUGUGACCCCCACGUUGGGAGCAGAGACCCAGCACGGUGCCCCGUGCAGCCAGACGCCUCCCCAGCCCCGGCCCAAGCACCAGGGCAAGGCCAGGCCAUGGGGCACGAGGGGCUUCGAGGGGCUGCUUCCUGCCCACGGUCUGUGGUCACCCCGUGUUCACUGUGCCCCCAUGGGGCUCCUGUGUCUGCCCCAGAGCAACGGGACUCGCAGAGGGUGGAAGCUACAGUUGGUGGCCCUGUCCAGGAACACUGAACAGCACAGUGGGCGCUCAGAAAAAGCAAAGGAAACCAGUAGCAGGCAUAGCCUGGGUGGAGGUUGCGCCUCGGAGAGGCCCCAAAGUGGCAGCCGUCUCCGUGCACAGGGACUGUGCCAGUGUGGGCUCAUUAUUGGCAUCAGGGGCAUUGGGAUGAGCUCAGUCCAGGUGUCAGCUAUGGGCAGUCAGGUGGCACCGACGGGAUUCCUCGGAGGCAGCCCAGCUGGGUCAGGCUGCCGGGCUCACUUCCCCUGGGAGGCAGAGGCAGGGGCCUCCCUCCCUCAGGAUUCAGCCUUGGGCCCUUUCCCUGCUUGGAGGUACAGGCCCGGGCGGGCAGGCAACAGCCUCUCUGAUGCAUCCUUCUCUGAAUAGGCAGUGGUGCCUUCAAGGGUUGCAGGAAGAUGCCGCCCUAAGGGGCUCGGCAGGUGCCUGCAUGGUGUCACCUGCCUGUACCCCAGGGCCUGGUUGCAGCUCCUGGGGAAACUGGAGAUGCAGUUCAGCCGAGGACUUGAGGCCCUGGCAGGCAUCCCCCCAGGGGGCCCUGAGCAGACACAGGACAGGAUUCCACAGGGGGGAUGGCACGUGCAAAGGCCCGCCGCAGAGGAGAGGGGCCAAGUGGCAGGAGGAAGGCAGGGAGAGGACAGUGCAUGGACCUGGAGGACACAGGCUUUGCCCCACCCCAGACCUGCCCCCGGGAGGGUCCUGUGGCCUCCAUCCUGAGAGGGGGCUUGUGUGGCGCCCUGGUGAUGACAUUUCAUCUCCUCCCUCCGGCCCCACUGCCCCAGAGAUGACAGCUCUGAGCACUGCACAGGGAGCCUGGCCCAGGGCUCUGCUUCCUGCCCAUGUGCCUGUGUCAAGUGUGCUCACCCACCGGAAGUGAAAGUGCAGAGCCCUGAGCCCAGGUCGGCCCCUUGCAUGGUGAGAAGUGAAAGUCGCCCAGCCUGGGCACCUGGGGCCACUUCCUCCAAAAGCUGGUGCGGCUCUGGGCUGUGCACUGCCUGACACCCGGGACAGCAGAGGAGGGGACGUCGGGAGAAAGCGCAGUCCCAGAGGGGCAGGGGGGCCCUGUCUGUCCCUCAUCCCCACCCACCCACAGGCCGGGGUCUCAGUGCCCUGGGGGACAGUUGGCUCGCAGGGCGUGGCUGCCUGGGCCUUGUGUCUGAUGCCACCCUGACCACCCGAGCAGGAAGAGGGCAGGGGAGGUGGGCGCGGCCAGGCGACUUGGCCAUCGCUGGGCCCUGUGAGCCUCGGUCAGCCUGAGGGCAGGGGCGAGGGCCAGCAGGUCAGGUGAAGACACGGGUCAGAGGUCACCAUGGCCGCAUCCCUCUUCUCAGGCUCUGAGCUCCCCACCAGCUGCACCCCGGCCGCCCCAUGCAGAUUCCUGUCCCCAUGGUGCUGAGGCCUUGCAGGCCAGGCAUGCGGCUGCCCUCAGCCCCUGCCACAGUGCUAGGGGACCAGCGGGUGGCAGCAGAAGGGAUGGGGCCCGCCCUACCCAGGACCAGCGCCUCUCUGAGAGCAGCAGAGGGAGGCUGGGGGAGAGGAGACUGAGUGGCAGAUAGAGCGACAGGAGCCGCACAGCCAGGCAGGACACCGGAAGCCACCGGGGCCUGGGCCACUGGAGGGACUCGGCCCUGAUGCCUGGUCUCAGACCCGUGGCCUCCAUCACAGUCACACAACACAUUUCUGUGUCCCACGUCCAUGGUGAGGGACAGUGUCCCUCGGGGUUAGUGCUCACGUCCUUCCUAGAAAGGGGCGCGGCUAAGGGACCCGCGCACACCUUGCACGGCUUUAAACAUCGCUGGUCUCCUCCAGCUCCUCACGUGAUAGAGAUGCUGCAUAAAUAGCUGCAACCCCCGGCUGCUCAGGGAGGAGGACAACAGAGACCAGCCUGGGUGCGUUCCGUACGGGCGCCGUGGCUUUCCGGGCACUUCCUGUCCAAAGUGGAGUGGACCCACAGGCGAGAGGACGUGCACGGAGUGCAGCUGGGGCAACUGUGCUGCUGCGGUCUUGGGAAGCCAACCUGGCAGAGGAGCGGACUGAGGGGCCAGCCUGGAGGGGAGGAGGGCGGGAGGUGGCCUCGCUUGAGCUGAGGCUUGCUGCAGCUCCCCACUUUCCCUCCUAAGAGACACCAGCAGGCCUGGCUCGGUCUCUCCCUUGCGCUUCCUCUGCAUCAGGCCAAGCUCUCCUGUGAGACCUUUCCAGGUCCGCUUCCCUGCGCCCUCCACCUUGUACCAGGCGGGCGGGCCGAAGUCCUGCCUCAGCCUCCCUGCCGAGCGCCAUCCACAGGGCUCUUGCUGCCCACAGUGGGUGCCUAAUAAGUGUGAGCCACGCCCGCUCCUCUCUAGUCUGCUGUACUCGGGCUCCAUGGCUGACCGCAGCCCUGGUGGCCCGGUGCUGGGGAGCCCAUUCUGCACCCCAGGACCUCUCGAGUAGCUUCAGCCUUCCAGCGCCCCCACAACCUGGACUCACGGGGGUCACCAUGGGCUGCGCCCCACGCGGCACAAUGUGGAGGCCCCGCACCACACUCAAGGGACUUGGAGCGAAUCACCCACUGCCAGCCCAGGUCUCCAAGACUCAGGCAGAAGCCUCACAGCGGGCCCUGGGCCAGAGGUGCCCGGCUGAGGUGCGAUGCACCCCGCACUGCCCCGGCUGGUGCUUCCUGCCCUGGUGUGUCCCACAUCUCCCUGUGCGGGUCCUGGGGCUCAUGCAGUGACCCUGGGACGUGAGUGCUCUGGCCCUUCAGACUGUGGCUGUGGCACACAGUGGGCUCCUCUGCCGGGGCAGCGCCCCUCCAA